AUUGAGGAGCUGCUGGAUGUGACCGACUUGCAAGUGCAAGAGAUUGCAAAGCAGGCCAUCGAAUGUUUGUGGUGAGGGUCACAUUCUAGAUCACGUCUAUGCAAACGUGUGUCAUGAAGUCUAAGAAUGAUUGCUGUGCAGGGAGUCUAUCGAUUUGCUUGCCAGAGACUUGCAUCAGGCAACCCUGCAGGCCGCAGGGUCCAGAAGCUCUCAUGAAUUGGGGUACAUCAGAAUCUAGCUUGCACAGCUUCGGGAAUGGAACAUGUCGCUACGUUAGCGUGUCUAGCGAGAGAUCAUACAUCAGGGUCUCACCUGAGCUGGCUUCGGAGACUGAUACUGCUGCGGUCUUGUGCGCUCAGAAACCUCUUGACCACAAAUUACAACAGGCCUGCAACAGGAAAGGCACUUUUCGGAGGCGGCAUUGAAGGCUAUUUAUACGUUUAUCCAAGCUGGGUACGAGGUUUUCGUCUUUUUAAUUCAUGAAAGGCAUAGAUAAUC